AUGGCCUCAUUCUUCAUUUCAUCACCUGGGAUUAAGCUCGACGUCCAAUCACACUCUCAAACAUGUAUCACCAGAAACAAAGCAGCGUUCUGUACCAAAUGGCAACAACAUGCCAUAUCAAUCUGUUUUACUGCUUUCGUAUUUUGUGGCUAUUUGUGGUGGUAUUUGAGGUGUUACCCGACCAAGCAACCAACAGGAAAUAAUAUUUUUGACCUCGCACCCCUCAUUGAUGGCCACAAUGAUUUCCCGAUAUGGGUUCGGGCAUUCUACCAAAACCACAUCUACCAACAAAACUUUAGCGGAGACAUUGAGCUCUUUGGCCAGGUGGACUUCCCUCGCCUAAGGCAGGGCCGUCUCGGAGGCCAAUUCUGGAGCGUAUAUGUCGAAUGCCCUCGGCAGUCCAGUAACUACUCAGACGAGACCUAUCGGGAGAUUGUCCACGACACCCUGCAGCAAAUUGACCUUGUCCACCGUUUAGUGAAGGAGUAUCCCUCGCACCUGGUCCACGCCUCCAGCGCCGCCGAUAUUCGUCAUGCAUUCGACGCACGGGGCCAUCACCAACGGAUCGCGUCGCUGAUGGGUAUCGAAGGCCUGCACCAAAUCGGUAACAGCGCCAGCAUCCUGCGCAUCUACCACGCCCUUGGCGUUCGCUACACCACGCUCACGCAUACGUGCCACAAUAUCUACGCGGACAGCGAGGAACCCGCGGCGCCGCUGCACGGCGGGUUAUCGGAUGCGGGGAGGGCGUUGGUCCGGGAGAUGAAUCGGCUGGGGAUGAUAGUGGACCUAUCGCAUACGAGUUUUCAAACGCAGCGCGAUGCAUUGGCGGUUGCUGCUGCGCCGAUGCUGUUUUCGCAUUCGAACGCGUUGGGAAGAUGCAACCACACCCGGAACGUGCCGGAUGAUAUCCUGCAGUCCGUGAAGCGCAAUGGUGGUGUCGUUAUGGUCACCUUCUACCCGGCCUUCCUGGAAGAAGACACCACUACUGCGUCAUUGGAAUCUGUUGCAGACCAUAUCCAAUACAUCGGUAGGAUGAUUGGUUAUCAACAUGUUGGUAUCGGGUCUGACUUUGAUGGCAUGCCAGCGGGCCCGGAAGGCCUCGAGGAUGUAUCCAAGUACCCGGGUCUCAUCAAUGAGCUGCUCAGGCGGGAAGUCACACAAGACGAUUUACUCGGGGUGAUGGGUCUGAAUGUUAUUCGAGUGUUGGAACAGGUUGAGUCAGUCGCAGAAGUGAUGAGGGAUGUUCGACCGCUUGAGGACGACGUGAAACCAUUCUUUGAAUAA